CCGAAGAUUCGCAAGCCUCCGAAUUACAAUCCGGUGGGUUUCUUGCGCUCUUGGUUUUCAAGAAAUCCAUCGCCUCCUCGCUCUACUUUAGAUACCUCCGCCUAGAAAAUUUCUCAUCUUCAUCGCUGACCAUCCGAGAAAAACCACUCCUUUCUCGAGAAAAACUUCCAUGGGGAGGAAAGGGCUGUUCGAUCUUGAGAAGCAUUUCGCCUUCUAUGGGGCGUAUCACAGCAACCCAGUCAACAUUCUGAUCCACACCGUGUUCGUCUGGCCGAUCUUCUUCACUUCCCUCGUUCUCCUCUACUUCACUCCCUCGAUCUGUCAGCUCUUCAACGUUCAGCCCCAGUGUUUCUUGGCGAGCCAUGGCCUGUUCUUGAACUUGGGCUUCUUUUUCGCUCUCCUGUACGCCGGGUUCUAUGUGUGCAUGGACAUAAAGGCGGGAUCUUUGGCUGCUCUGCUGUGUAUGGCCUGUUGGGUUGGGUCCAGUUUGCUCGCUAGGCAUCUUGGUUUCUCCCUGGCUUGGAAGGUCGUUCUUGCAGCUCAAUUAUUCUGCUGGACAGGGCAAUUUCUCGGACAUGGCAUAUUUGAGAAACGAGCGCCAGCUCUCUUGGACAACCUUGUACAGGCCUUUCUAAUGGCUCCUUUCUUUGUUUUGUUUGAGGUUCUUCAAUCUGUCUUUGGAUAUGAGCCAUACCCAGGGUUUCAUGCUACCGUGCAAAAGAGGAUUGACGCCGAAAUCGCGGAUUGGAAGGAAAAGAAGCAGAAGAAGAUGUCCUAAUUGUGAUGGCCCUGUUCAAUUGUUGUUUACUUGUGCGCAACACUGUAAGCAAGUCAGACUCCUGGACUUGUCCGAGAGUGUCAAAUUAGUGAUGGAAUCUGUUGUAAAUUACGUGUUAUCAAAGACUCUUCACCUUAUUUCACAACUCUCACUUUAAUUAUGAGUUGAUGCUACCGUGU